CUAGUCCUCAGUUAUUUCAAGGAAUACACGUGUAAGAAGAGGAGGAUGAUCCGCGGUUAGACGAGAAUCCCGCAGAUGGAAGCGAGCUCACAGUCUCUCCUUGCUUACAUCUAACAGAGGCUAUUAGGAUUAAAAAGAAAAGAAAAAAACGCAACAUUGACGGACAUUUGGGAACAGUAGUAAGACACUUGAACACCUCUUUGCUUGGUUUGUGGAGGACACAUAGUUACUUAGACUAAAUUAAUUUAUCCCCAUAAAAAAUACGCGCGUCUUACCAGUUUGGAUGUCCACUGAAGUCUACUCCAUGUGCAGCAUCUGUUGGAGAGUGCGUGCGUUUUAAUGUCAGUUUUUGUCUCGCUCUUUUACUUCCAGCGAUACGUGUGGAUGUACAGCAAUGACAUUUCGAAGAUGCGCGAUUUCCGUUCCGUAUUUUCAAGAGGAUUAAACAGUUGCUUGCCCUCUCCUGGAGUUGACAAAAGCGUCCUUGGAGCGUGAGAUGCAAUUGUUACAUGAAUGCCACGCCGAACUCAAGGCUUUAUCAAGCCGUCCUCUUCCUCAUAUUUGACAACGGAACAUUCAUCAUAUUUCUGAAGGUUGGAGAGGGAGAUAAAUUGUUCCUUAAUUCCCGUCGGGAAAAACUUUAUUUUUCCAAGACCUUCGUAUAGUGGAGUGGUACUCAUGCAGGGCCAUCCAUGCCGCGGGCGCCAGAACAGAGUUUGUAAAACUUCAAAAUGAGGCUUAGAAAUUCGGGAUUAGGCUAUCUGUUACUGCAGUUUAUAGCGCUGUCUUUCCACACACAGAUCUCUGUACAGCACCCGCCAAACUUUAAGCAACACGUCAAUGAGCAAAGCCGCCUUUCGGACAGAAUGAGCCGAAGACUGACCAGAACGUAUCAGCUCUACAGUCGGACAAGUGGCAAGCAUGUACAGGUGCUGGGAAACAAAAGGGUCAAUGCCAACGGCGAGGACGGAGAUAUCCACGCCAAGCUCAUUGUGGAGACUGACUCAUUUGGGAGUCGGAUUCGUAUCAAAGGAGCAAGGACAGGAUACUACAUCUGUAUGAACAAGAAAGGAAAGCUUAUUGGAAGGAAAAAGGGCCACGGCCGCGACUGCAUCUUUACGGAGAUCGUGUUGGAGAACAACUACACGGCGCUGCAGAACGCCAAGUACAAGGGCUGGUACAUGGCCUUCACGCGCAAGGGCCGACCGCGCAAGGCCUCGCGCACCCAGCAGCACCAGCGGGAGGCGCACUUCAUGAAGCGACUGCCCCGCGGACACCUCCUCACUGAGAGGAGGCCCUUCGACCUAAUCCCCUACACCGUCGGCCGAAGGACUAAACAGGGCCGCCAACAGCAGCAGGCUGUCAACCGGUAGAGGAGGAAGAGGAGGACCACAGUGGACAGUGUUCCAGGCUGUGAACUUGUAGGGGUGUGGUGGGGGGGUGGGGUGGACUCACAGAGAGAGAGUACUCUUAAGAGGGCUUUGCUUUUCAAUGUUCGAGAAUACUUUUGUAGUGUUUCUUUACGUUCUAAAUACUGGAAUAUAUCUAAUUAAGUUGCUAUCUAAUUGCAAGAGUUAUUCUCACCUCAUACACUUAUAAGGAUUUUGUUUUUUUUAAAAAGACAGAAAACCUUGAAAUGAUGGAUGAUGCAUUUUUUUCCUUAAUCUGUUAAUGGGAAAGACUUCCUGGAGAAACUAUGGUACUGGACUGAAUGUGCUUUUUCAGUGGGUGGAUUCAACUCCACUGCUAAGGAGACUUAUUAGGCCAAGACACGAUAAACUAACUGUGGGAGAUUUUCACAAUAUUCAUUUAAAUAUUAGACGCAAACAUGGCAGCUGCUGAUGGACUGGAUAAAUCACUACGAACCACGAUAGAUGGAUGUAAUCACAAUCAUUUGUGGAAUAGAUUUAGCCUUACCACACGUUUGUCUGUUUUAUACAUAUAUGAAUAUAUAUAUUUUUAUUGCAAGAUUUGUAAAAAAAAAUGUAAUGUAAAAUACUU